UACAGGUUCUUUAGAGUUAUUUCUAGCACUUUAACUCUAAGAUUUUGUGAGUUCAGAUAAUUUUUUCUUUAUAUACUGUCAAAUUUUGUACUGUAGCACAUUGUUUGCUGACUCUCCCUUGGGUGUCAUACUGGUAUCAGAGAAAGAAGUGGUCUGGGUGUAUAAGCAUUUGAGACUGAGUUAGUGGCAAUUUAAGCUGCAUGGAUGGGGUAUACAGUGGCCACAAAAGUGAUAUCCAACCAGGGAUACGACGAGGGGAUUAUCUGUAAAUUAGGUGAAAGGUAAGAGUUAUUAUUUGGGAUCCUGGUGAUCAGUUUGGGGUCAGAGAAGGUAAGAAUGACAGACUAGAGGGAGGGCAAUAAGACAAAUUAGUAAGAAAAUAGAGAGAGAAAGCAGAGAGUUAACACUCAGAGACUGGGAAUUCCACAGGAAUCGAAGGAAGGAAAUGCCUCGUAAAGUUUUGAGUCGUGUGAUUGAGGAGAAAAUUGGUCUAAUUCGUCAAAAUAGCUUUGCUUCAUGCAUAAUAUGCUCCAAUAAGUCAAAGAUCUUAAUACUUGUAGUUAUGUUGUCUCUCAAUCAGGAAACUUCUUCUAUGACUCAGGAAGAUAGGAAGCCCAAGGUAUAGGAAGCUAGACCCCUAAUGUGGACAGCAGUUUUUUAGAGGUACGUGGUUCAAUGGCAAUAAGAGUGUUGACCUGAGAAUAGUGUUUUUUGUUUGAUUUUUUUUUUUUUUUUUAAUUUGAAGGAAUAAAGGAUAAAGGAUUUACCCAGGAUAUUGAGAAGGGUUAAGGUGUGUUGUUUUUACUGAAGUCAUGGGUGUCAACUGCUUUUAGCUGGAGAACUGUGGUGUAGAUGGAUGAUAUGGAGAUAAACUGUGCUUCUUGAUGUACUGCAGGCCAUGGAGAUGGAGAUAAGAAACAGCACAAUGAUGACAGAAUUCAUCCUUCUUGGUCUUACCCAGUCUCCAGAUAUUCAGCUCCUUGUCUUUGUGCUAGUCUUAGUUUUCUACCUCAUCAUCCUCCCUGGAAAUUUCCUCAUCAUUCUCACCAUCAGAUCAGACCCUGGUCUCUCAGCCCCCCUCUACUUUUUCUUGGGAAACUUGGCCUUCCUGGAUGCAUCCUACUCCUUCGUUGUGGCUCCCAAGAUGCUGGCGGACUUCUUUUCUGAGAAAAAGGUGAUAUCAUACAGAGUUUGCAUCACUCAGCUCUUUUUCUUGCAUUUCCUUGGAGUUGGGGAGAUGUUCCUUCUUGUUUUUAUGGCAUUUGACCGCUACAUUGCCAUAUGUUGGCCUUUACAGUAUUCAGCUAUCAUGAAACCUAGAGUUUGCUAUGCCUUAUUGUUGGCUCUAUGCCUUGGGAGCUUUGCUCAUUCCUUUGUACAAGUGGCCCUUAUCCUCCACUUGCCCUUCUGUGGCCCAAACCAGCUGGAUAACUUCUUCUGUGAUGCCCCACAGAUCAUCAAGCUGGCCUGCACAGACACUUUUGUAGUGGAGCUCCUGAUUGUCUCCAACAAUGGAUUGCUCACCCUCCUGUGUUUCCUGGGCCUUCUGGCCUCUUAUGCUGUCAUCCUCUUCCAUUUAAAGGGACACUGUUCUGAAGGGAAGGGUAAGGCAGUGUCCACAUGCACUACUCACAUUAUCAUCAUAUUUUUUAUGUUUGGGCCAGCCAUUUUCAUGUACACUCGCCCCUUUAGAGCCUUGCCAGGUGACAAAGUGGUUUCUCUCUUCCACACAGUGAUAUUUCCUUUGUUGAAUCCUGUAAUUUACACCCUACGGAACCAAGAAGUGAAAGCCUCAAUGAGAAGAUUAUUUAAUCUGCAUAUAGCCAGAUGA